AUGUUGGCGGGACCCCCCGCCUCCUCCUCUGGCGAGGGGUUGGGUUUGCGCCGCCUCUUGUCCCCUCGCCCGUCCUGGUGUAAUGCCGGCCCCCCGCCGCAGCAAGGAUCCACAGUGCGACGCGAGGGCACCCCGGCGUCUUGCCGGUUGCGUGUGAGACUUUCUUUUGCGCGCCGGCUGUUGGUUAGUCAUGGUGAAUGGCACGCUUCCCGACGGAACCAAAAUGGUAUUAUGCAGGGGAGGGGGCUUUCAGAAGGGAAUUCCAGGGAGUAUGCCGGGUGUGAUGGUCCUAAUUGCGGCAAAUAUCAUAACUUUCGCAUGCGUGCAGAACAGGAAACAACAAAUGGGUGA